CUCCCAAAUGCGCGAAAAGAUUGCGCAUGAGGGGCAGAUGGUGCACUGGCCACCGUAGUUGAAAGACGGAAGUAACUGCUUUGAAGUAUACGAAUAUUGUUUUCUCCACGGGUUUAAUCAUAAAUUGGUUUAUUUAUCUUUAGCCAAGAUUUAAAAAAUGGCAGCGGUGUUUCUUAUUACGUUGUAUGAAUAUUCUCCAUUAUUUUACAUUACUGUCAUAUCGUUAUGUUUCGUUGUUACCGCCGCCAUGGUCCUCGGCUGGUUUGGUUUCGAUGUCCCAGUGAUUCUCCGCAGCUCUGAUGAGACUGAGUCAGUCGUGCCUGUCCCAGAGAAGAGGAUGGUUCAGGUGGCCAACCCCUUUGCCCUAGAGAUGGGGUCCUCUGGGGUGGCCUCUGUGACUGAGGGUGUGUCCCUGCUUCCAUGCUGCCUGGAGCCUUGUGUGCUGAGUUGUUACUGGGGUUGUGGUGUCCAUGCCCUACAGGGGGCGCUACAGACCCACCAACACGGCCCCAGUAAGCUCACCACCCCACAUCUGUUCCAGGAAGCUCUGCACUUCCAGUACCACCACUGCCAAAGCUUCCAUAUGAGUGGAGAGGACAGAGAGGAGCAUUAUACCAAGAUGCCAGCCGAUCUGGGGAUCACUGAUUUCGGGCUUUUGCCACGGGAACGCUACCCCAUAGUGGCUGUCCUCACACUGGCCGAAUCUGAAGCAAGGGACACGUACAACAUUGUCGCCAGCGUCACAGUGGUUCACGUUCCAGAUGACAAAUACAGCCUGUCGGCACGGAUCCUGUUUCAAUAUCUCCUCACGGCACAAGGGAACAUGUAUGAGUUGAAGCCACUAUUUAUGUCAGCCGAGAGCAAGGGGUUGUCGGAGGCGACUGACCCCGACCGUAGCACAGAGGCACCACCAGAAACACAGAAAAGAGAACCCGGAAAGGAGAUGCCAGGAAUGGAAGAUGAAGAGGAUUGGUCAGAGGAGGGAAAAGGCAAAGACUGUGUGGUGUGUCAGAAUGCACCUGUUAACCGCGUCCUGCUGCCCUGCAGGCACGCCUGUGUGUGUGACGGCUGUGUCCAUCGCUUCCAACACUGCCCCAUAUGCAGAGCUUUCGUAUUAGAGUCCUUUGCCCUGUUCCAGCAGCCCCAUAUGGAGGAGGUAGAGGAAGAAUGAACUGUAAUGUAGCAGGUCAAUAUUACCAGUAUUUAUAAUAUGAACGUAGUAAUGUUACUCAUUGGAGUAGCUCUACAGGCUACUGAUAGGAAGGAAUGGUGUCCAAAAAGUCCAUGCUGAUUGUCACAAUGGGUGCUGUUCCAACAGAUACAUGAGUACAAUUUCAACAGAAUCAAAGUGUUUACCGAAUGGAUGAUAUGGUUUCACAUUGGUGUUUUAUUGGACAUUUCCAACUGUUUUAUGGCUGUGUGAGCAUACAGCAUAUGUACAUUUUAUCACAUUGAGUUUAUCGAGGUGCAAACUACUUGUACUAUUUGUAAAAUGUAGAUAUGGAAAACCUAAUAUUUUUGAUGUGCAAUGUAUAGAGAAUGUAUUGUUUUUGUCAAUAUACCAUACUGUGAGGUGUUUUUUCUUUUGACCCUUAAAUCGUGGCCAAAGUUAUGAAUUGCAUCUUUAUGAAAAUCUCAAAGAAAUCAAAACUGGCAUCACAGCUUCCCCAAGGUUUAAAAGGCAGCAAAAAAAUAGGACAAUCAGUGUGAAAUAUCAAUGUUUUAAUGUGACAUAUUCCUUUGAUUUUACAGAUACAGGUGCUCCAAUGGCAAGAAUAUUUGUUUUGUUAAUAUAACCCAAAAUACUGGGCCAGUGGGCAUAAAUUUCACACUAUGGAGUGGAGACAGAGACAUUAAUGUAUCCAUUUCCAAUAUCUAUAACUGUUUUGAGGUCACUUCUUGGUAACUCUGUAUAUAAAUGGUACACUAAUUAGAA